AUGACUCAAGUCAAAAAUGAUUUUGUUCAUUUAUGUUGGUUUUACCUUUCUUUUUGUUGUAAUAAAUUAAAAUUGAUUUUUAGCGGCGGCGGUCAGGAGGAAAAUCGCGACACCAAGCAACACCCCGAGCUGACGAAACUGGUGCGAAACUGGGCUCAGAAAUUGGGAGGAGAGCUGUGGCAUUUCGGGGAGCUGGUCACGCGAAAAACUAAAGUGAAAGACAGCUUCAAGGAUACGACGGUCGUCGUCGAGGUCGGCGAAGCCUUAUUGGCCGAUAUCCACGAGAAGAUUUCGACCAUGAUGAAGCAAAAAGUGGAAGCCGUCGAGCGUAUAAUGGAAACGGCAGAACAAAAAGCUCUCGCCCAAAAGGAGGAGGACAUCGAUUUGGAUUUUCAGUUCUACAACGCUAAGAAUCUCACCAAUUCCGCGCCGAACGCGUCAGGGUUGGACCUAAACGACGGACCAAACGAUCGAUUUUCCGUGCAAGAAUUGAGAUACGACGAUUACGGUGGCAAAUACUACGCGAUGGUACAGCCCGAAGAGAUGGACGGGUAUCAGCAGGACCAAGACACGCCCGAAAACGAUAUUUCGAAAUACGAAAAGGUUGCCGAAACAGGAUUAGAGUUGUCGAACGAAAGUGCGAAAGAUCCGAUGGCGAGCCAAAAGUCGCCGGAUAAAUACAGCCUGCCGCUAUACAGAAACAGGCACUUCUACAACAUUCCGGUAAACACUAAUUGCAGUGCCGUUCACGUGCCUAGCAACGUUUACGAACGAUCCAAAGACGUGAUAGCCGGAAUUAAAUGGUCGGAGGAGUUGGACCAAACGUUUAAAAACAACUACAAGGAAGACCCGACGUUGUCGUGGCAAUAUUUCGGAAGCUCCACCGGUUUUAUGCGGCAGUUUCCUGCCAUGAUAUGGUCCCAGGAGCCCAUAGAUUUGUUUGAUUGCCGGACGCGGUCCUGGUAUAUUGAAGCCGCGUCUUCUCCAAAAGACGUUAUUAUUUUAGUCGACAAAUCCGGCUCGAUGACGGGCAUGCGCCGCGAGGUGGCGCGCCACGUCGUUCACAACAUACUGGAUACGCUCGGGAAUAAUGAUUACGUCAAUAUUUAUACGUUUAGUAACACGACCGAUGUCCUGGUGGAGUGUUUCGAUAACAAAUUGGUGCAGGCAAACCUGGCCAACAUCAGAGUACUGAAAGAAAGCAUGUCGGAUUUCAAGACUGAACAAAUUGCGAAUUUCACUUUGGCAUUGAUAACGGCAUUCGAACUACUCAAGGACUAUAGGGAAAGCCGAUUUGGCGCCAACUGCAACCAAGCGAUAAUGCUGAUAACUGACGGGUCGCAGUACAAUUACAAGGAGAUAUUCGAAAAGUACAAUUGGAAGAACCUGCCAGUGGUGGACGUAAGGGUGUUCACUUAUCUGAUCGGUCGCGAGGUGUCCGACACGCGCGAAGUGAAAUGGAUGGCCUGCGCCAAUCAGGGUUACUACGUCCACCUCAGCACUUACGCGGAAGUUCGCGAAGAAGUCCUCCAUUACAUACCGGUUAUGGCGAGGCCGAUGGUGUUGAACACCACGAAGAAGCCGAACCCGACCUGGAGUCCCGUUUACGCGGACGUCACUGACCCGAAGCUUACCAAUUGGCUUUGGGUGAAUCGGGAGAGAAACACGCAGCGAGAACGGUACCUCAUUUACAGCAAGUACAAAGAUAUGCUCAGUCCAGACGAGAUCGACAAGAAGUUUGUCCACCAACAGAAACUGAAGCAAGACAACUAUGGUGAGACUCAAACCUAUCACAUGAUGACGUCGGUGUCUUUGCCGGUGUACGAUCUAAAGCCCCGUCAGGAAAGGGUUGCUAACUUGCUGGGCGUGGCGGGUACCGAUAUCCCGAUCGAGUACAUCCAGAAGUUGAUGGUACCGUAUCGGUUGGGCGUGAACGGGUACGGCUUUAUAGUAACGAACAACGGUUACAUAUUGACCCAUCCCGACUUGAGACCGGUGUACCAAGGGAUAUUGAAACCCGCUUAUAACAGGGUGGACGUCAUGGAAGUCGAAGUCAUAGACGACGAUAACGAGCCGAGAAGGUUCAACGACGACGUGCUCGAGCUUAGGCGUAAAAUAAUAUUUCAAGAGAGGGGCAACGCGACCUUCCGGGUCAAAAGCCACAUAGACGACAUGCAUCGUAUAGUGCUUAGCAGGCGCCAUUACUUCUUCCGGGGCAUCAACGGCACUCCGUUCUCGGUCGUUAUCGCCCUACCGCACAGGUACGGUUUCAAUCGUGUUCAGCACCCAGUCGAGAACGAUAUCCACAGGAUCCGCUCGACAGAUAAGGGCGCGUUGACCCAAUUUUUCACCGGCAACUGGACGAUCCACCCUGAUUGGCAUUACUGUAAAUAUUUCGACGACAAGCAUUACUUCGAUACUGCUGAAGAGGAAUUUCUACAUUUCCUGAAAAAGAUGGACGGACCGGGCUGGAAAUGGACCAAAGAAUGCGAUCGAAAGUUGAUCUGCAAAGUGGUUGCCGACGCCAAAAUCACCUCUUGGUUCAGCGAGAACAUCACCACGUCGACCAAGGAGGAGAACGGAGCGGAAUUAAUAAGGAACAUAGGCAUAGUUGUCGCGUUCAUGGCGACGCACAGUGGUCUCACGAGAUGGCAGAAUUUUCCCCAAAACAUUGACAACAACGUCCACGAAAAACACUUUCAUCGGAUACACAACAAGGCCAUCGAUGAGGUCUGGUACAAAAGAGCAGUGGAACACCACUACAUUGACCCCAGCAAUUUCGUAUACUCCGUGCCAUACGAGAUAGGAGACGCGAAUAAUACGCUGGUCACGGUGAGUCACGCGAUAUUCAAAGAAGAGGGCGGCAGAAAAGCCCCGGCGGCCGUAGUGGGCUACCAGUUCUACCAUUCGGCGCUCAUGAAUCUGUUCAAGAAAAUCACUUACAACUGCGGCGACAUGGCGAAGGCGUGUAAAAAGACUUGCGAGUCUGAGGAAUUGCACUGUGUCAUGCUCGACGAUAGCGGAUUCGUAAUCAUAAGCGAUAACCUGCAAGAGACGGGCUACUUCUUCGGGAAAGUGCGACCCGACAUAAUGACGCAGUUAGUGGACGAAGGCAUCUACAGGGCUCACCGGAUGUUCGACUAUCAGGGGCUCUGCCCCGAAGGUCAGGACUCUUCGAGCCCGGCUAAUACGCUACUGAUGCCCUCAUUUUACUUGACUGCGAUUUUCGAAUGGACCGUCUCCACCCUGAUUUUCUUCGCUCACGUCGUGACCGGAAACGUGCACCGUCACCCGGAUUACUACGAGGCCGGUCACUUUUACAAGGAACACACUUUUCCGAACCAACUCGAGCCGGUGAUUGUCGUGUCGGACAACGAGGACGCGGAGGACGAGGCUCCGCGCGAGGACCACGACUACAAUCACCACGAUGAGCUCGUUAACGAUAAAGCGUUCGACGAGAGCGCCACCAUGCAAAAAACCAAACCGGAACCAUGCGAUAACGAGAUGUGGUUGUACAAUCUCGUCCAUUACACCGACCGGAAUAUUUCCAACAGCGGCUACAACAAAACCAUGGGAAACUGUUCGAGGCCCUUCAUCGUUCAGCGGGUGACGGGCAGCAACAUGGUUUUCAUCGUGAUUAAUAAUCUGUGUCAGGAAAAGGUGGACAUAUUCCCCGCAAUGCCCGACCCGACCCAGAUCGAUUACAACAUGACGCUGGCCUGUUUCAUGAACCAGCAAGAUUUGCCGCGACGCUUGUACAUGAGUUGCAUCAACCGAAACGAAAAGGAAAGCGAAAUCAAACUUUGCGGUACAGGGACCAACAUAUCACCCGAUAGCGUUAUACCAAUAUUAAUAUCGUUGUAUUCUGUUAUAAAGUUUAUUAGCCUAAGCUAAUCGUCCUUACAUUUUGGCUCAAUUGUUUCUUUACACUGUGAUACUGUUGUAUAUUUUAGCAGUUUCAUUUAGUCUAUUAAUAUGAGUUUGUUUAUCGAAUACUGUUUCAUUCCCACAAAUACAACGUUAAUUUUUU